UUUACUUGCCAAUUCUCUUUCCUUUUACCCCUCUCUCUCUCUCUUCGCAUUCUUCUCCUUGGCCUUCAUCGUGUUCCUUUGGGCAUCUCGGUAGCCCUGAGAAACCCUAGAAAGGGAGAGUUGACCAAGAUCCAAGGGAUCCGUAUAAAAUUGAUGGGAAGAGGGAAGAUUGUGAUCCAAAGGAUCGAUGAUUCGACGAGUAGACAAGUCACUUUCUCCAAACGAAGGAAGGGUCUCAUCAAGAAGGCCAAAGAACUCGCCAUUCUCUGCGAUGCCGAAGUCGGCCUCAUCAUCUUCUCCAGCACCGGCAGGCUCUACGACUUCUCCAGCUCCAGCAUGAAGUCAGUUAUUGAACGAUACAACAAGACCAAGAUGGAGCAGCAACAGCUGUUGAACCCUGAAUCCGAAGUCAAAUUUUGGCAGAGGGAGGCUGCAAUUAUUCGGCAAGAACUCCAUGUCUUGCAGGAAAAUCAUCGGCAGUUGAUGGGAGAAGAGCUAAAUGGUUUGAGCAUCAAAGAUUUGCAAAAUAUAGAGAACCAGCUUGAGAUGAGCUUGCGUGGAAUCCGCAUGAAAAAGGAACAAAUGCUGACAAAUGAGAUCCAAGAGUUGAACCGGAAGAGAAACCUUAUUCACCAGGAGAACAUCGAGUUGUCGAGAAAGGUGCAACGCAUUCAUCAAGAAAACGUCCAACUACACAAAAAGGCUUAUGCGUUGAGCACAAAUGGGUCAUCGCAAAAUGAAUCAGACGAGGCACAAGGCGAGGAAUCCCAUGCACAGAUUCGCCUCCAACUAUGCCAGCCCGAUCAGUCCGCUUACGAGAUUGGCCAACGAAUGAUAUAAACAAACUCUUUAAGUUUUCAUGCAAGUGAAACCUUAUAUUUCGAAGAAGCAUACAAAAAAGAUCUGCCAUAAAAAAAUGUGUGGCGGAGUUCGUGAUCUCGAGGGAAAACGAGGAGACCCACGACGUUAAAUUCCUUUCCUCUAUUCGUCCAUUUGAAGUAGAAAGCGCACAUACAAUACAAGUACCUAGAAGAAUAUUAUACUUGAAAUCAAUUGUUUGUUGUAUUUCGACGUCUAAAUGUUUCCAGCCACCGAAACGUAUCUCUGGUUAUAUAACUUCUUGAUUUUCUUGGAACUCCA